GACAGAACAGACCCCACGAACUCUUGUGAUGUCCGGAAGAAGUCAGCAUGGCGGAUUUAUUUUUCACUUCAUGCUUUUCUGUUCACUAUUCUGCUAUAAUGUAUUGACAAUUAUAACGGAUAUGUAACCCCGCGUGAGCUGUGUAUUCAGACAGUAAGGGCUGCAGAGGGAUCUCGCUGCACCGCUGCCUAUCUCCCUGCUCACAUCGUGACUUGUGACCCAGUUGGGUUUGGUUUCCUAGACUGAUCUCAGUGGGAUGAAACUUCAGGAGCCUGAACAAGGAUCAGCGAAGAAACCAAAUUGAACACAAAUAAAAACACCAGAAACUAACAAUGGAUAAAGUGACUAUCGGUGAGGAGGUGACGAGACAGGAGCUGCUCCCAGAGCCUCUACUGAUAAUCCUGUCCCCACCUCCGCCUUUCUUACCCGGCGCUGGUAAACCGACCAUGUUUUGGCACAAGUGGCUAAAAGCUUUUGAACACUACUUUCACGCUCUUGGUGAACACGAGCUUGCUGAAUCCUCUAAGUGUGGGCUCCUAAGGAACUGCCUUGGCCUUGAAGGCCAGCAUAUCUUCACCGCUCUGAUCCAGAGUGAAACUUCUUACACAGCAGUCAUCUCCUCGCUGACGCUUUACUUCUGCUCCGAUCACACCUCUCAGAUGUGCCGCCUUAAAUUCCAUCAGAGGGCUCAGAUGCCCGGGGAGGGUGUAGACGUGUUUGUGUCUGUGUUAGAAGAACUGCUGAGACCUUGCAAUUAUGGACAAUUACAAGACAAACUUAUCCUGGAUCAGCUGAUUGAGAAAACCAACUGCCCACCCCUCAAAGAGAGGCUGCUGUUGGAGAGGGAAACGUUGACCCUGGACAAAGCAUUGGUCAUUGGUAAAGAGGUUGAAUCUGCUUUCAAUGAAACUGACCUGUUUAGUAUUCAUGAGGUCAGUGUGGACAUUGAAGACGAUUUAGGCCCUCCUGUUCCAACAAAGCGUAAAAGAGGAAGACCUCGGCGUGGGGAGGGAAAGCUGAAAAUCGAAACAAAACCACCCUCGACCAAAACUCAUACAAGAUCAUCGAGACACAAAGAUAGUUACUAUUACAGCAAUGAUAAGCAAUAUUAUAGUGAAAAUGAUGGAGGUGUAACUGAAAGUGCUCUUGAGACUAAUCUAGCUUUGGAUGAACCCAACGCUGAAGCAGCUAAAGAGGUGAAUGCUCAUGAGACUAAUCUAGCUUUGGAUGAACCCAACGAUGAAGCAGCUAAAGUGGUGAAAAGAGCGUUAUCAUCAUCAUCCUUAGAUUGGAUGGAAGAGGAAGGCUGCAACUAUGCUAGUGAUGGUGUCGAUGAUGAAGAUGUAGAGGAAGAGGUAGAUGAAGAGGUAGAUGAAGAUGUAGAUGAAGACUUUAAACCUAAAAAAAAAGGCCCCUACUGUCCCAUUUGUGUCACAACGCGUUUCAGAGACAUAAACAAGCUCAGCAGACACAUGAGGACACACACGAAGGAGAAACCGUUCAUCUGCCCGGUCUGCUCUACGACCUUCAGCCAAUCCUACCACAUGACCCGACACAUGAGGAACCAGCACAAUGCGGGACAACACGUCUGUUCCACAUGUGGGGAAAGUUACAAGAGCCUUGCAGAUCUGCAAAGUCACAAGAAGAUGCAUUUGUCAUGUCCAAGCUGUCAGAAAGAAUUCACUAACAAUAAAGCGUUGUGUAGUCAUGUCUUGUCACACAGCGAAGACCAGUCCACCCAGGUAGAGGGUCAAAGUCAACUUUAUUGUCCAUCUCAAGAUGUGUCUGUACACACAGAGGGUCAGAGUCCUCUGCAAAGUGAUGAAAUAAAAAACCAAGAAAUCAAAUCAAUAAACAGAGAUACUAAGGAGAGUAUUGAUAUCAAUGAUAAUGUUGCUGAGAACAGUUCAGACUCUGAUAAUAGUGAUUCUCAGGAUGAAGAAUGUGAAGAUAAUGUUAAGGAUAAGGACACUGAAAAAGCUACAUCUCAAGAUGGAGGCAGUCCCAAAGAAGAAGGAGCCCCCAAGACCAAAAAAAAGGGCCAUGUCUGUCCCAUCUGUGUCGACAGGCGCUUCAAAGGGGCAAACAAACUCGCAAGACACAUGAGGACACAUACAAAGGAGAGACCAUUCGGCUGCCCUGUCUGCGAUAUGAGCUUCAGUCAAUCCUACCACAUGACCCGACAUCUGAGGAAGCAGCACGGCAUGGGUCAGUACAUCUGCGAGAAAUGUGGGAAAAAUUUAGCGAGCUGGCUGGAGAUGAGAGCACACAAGAAGACUCAUGCUGUUGACGGCCUGACAUGUAUUGCUUGUGAUAAACAGUUUAAAGACAAGGCUGCCCUAGUGAGUCAUCUUAAAUUACACAAGAAGGUCCAGGCUAAACCCCAAAGCCUCACCUGCGGCGAUUGCGGCAAAGUAUUCGGUCGUAUGUAUCAUCUGAAAAGGCACAUAGUGACCCAUCGCAAAGCAACAAACGGAGAUAUUUACACAUGCCCUGAUUGUCAGAAGGAUUUUGCCUUCCCAGAAGACCUCAACAAACACCUGGAGAUUCAUUUAAAAGAAAACAAUGGGACCUGUCCAAAAUGUGACGAAACCUUCAGUAGUCCAGAAGACCUGGAGGCGCACAUGGGGGUCCAUGAGAAGUCUUACGCCUGCAGCACCUGUGGGAAGAAGUUCAAGGUUGAGUAUGCGCUGAAGAAGCAUGAGCAAGGACAUAAAGACGAACAGUUUUAUUGUUCGUUGUGCCGCAAACACUUCAUCAAGCUGUCCCACUACAAGAGGCACAUGACGGUCCACGACAGACGGGAAUCUAGAUGUCCUCACUGUGACAGCAUCUUUCUGCAGCUAACAGCUUUUAAGUAUCACCUGCGGACUCACACAGCGGAGAGGCCGUACCAGUGCACCUGUUGCAUCGAGACCUUUGAGGAGAAGAAAGAUCUGGAUCAACACUGCUUGAGACACAGGAAAUUCAAGAAGGAGAUGCCAAACUCGUGCACUAGGUGUGAUUGUGCUUUCUCUACACUCCUUGAGCUGACGGACCACAUGAGCUCACAUGAUGGAGAGCAGCCAAUGACCUGCCCCAUCUGUGGCAAGACUUUCCUCAACAAGAGCAAGAUGGAAAGGCACCUGAGCAUCCACUCGGGGGAGAGGCCGCACCUCUGCUCCAUCUGCGGCAACGGCUUCCCCUCGGCCGCCAGCCUCAAGUUACACCUCCACAUCCACACCGGGGAGAAACCCUUCCCGUGUCCGCAGUGCAGCAAGAGCUUCAGGUCGUCCAGCGGGCUGCGGCUGCACGGCCGGCAGCACAUGGAGGUGCGGCCCAGCUUCGAGUGUCUCGAGUGCGGCAGGACUUACGGUCGCAUCACGGAGCUGAAAAUGCACCAGCGCUACCACACAGGGGAUAAGCCGUACACAUGCACCUGCUGCAACAAACGCUUUAUUAGCAAACACAAGCUGAACGUUCACAUGAGGAUACACACGGGCGAGAGGCCGUACGCCUGUCCUCACUGCGGACAGACAUUCACACAGACUGGAGACAGAAACAGACACGUCAGUAAAUACCACGAGUUAGAUACUGCAGUACCUAACUCCAGUGAAGAUUAGGUUGCUUUUGAAUGAUUGUGCCAGUGGUUUUGCAUGUAGGGGGUGACCAGGUGCCAACAAGCCACAUUGUUUUUGAGGGACAAUGCGGGACAUGUUACUGUGUUGCUUAGAGCUGGAUUAGAUGUUUAUAUAGUGAUGAAAUUAAAUAUGUGUUUUGAAUGGAAUUAACCUAACAAAUUAUUAUGAGCAGAAAAAAAAUGACCUGAUCUAGCUUGCUAGCUUGUGUGUUAAACGUUAAUUAAAUCAGCUGCUGUUACCUCAUCGCUUUCGGUUUCAGGAGGAAUAUAUCCUUGGGUUGGUGGUAGAGCAGGCUCGCACGGGCGACUGUCAAUCAAAUGUGUGGGACAAAUGAUCAAAAUGCUGGGCAGUCCCGCACAAAGCGGGACACCUGGUCACCCUAUUUGCAUGUUUGUUGGGGUUGGGAGCAAUUACAAUCAAUGAAUGCAAAACCACUGUCUUCUCUGUCCAGACUUUACUGUCUACAAACAGUUUCUCCCUGAUUUGUUAUUUUCUGCGAGCUUCAUACCUGGACUCUCUUCUAUAUCACUACAUUUUACCACUUAAUACAACAGCUGUGCAUGAGGAUUUAGUCAUUGUAGUCCAUCCCCCUCACCCCUUCUCCAUACAAGCACCUUGCACUCCCAACAACUCACACUAGUGACAGAAUGCGAGUUUCACAGUUUGGCGUGCCCAAAUCUGUUAUUAUGUUAGUAUGCUACAUACUAGUUUAAAUUAAGUAGUAUCAAGUAUAUCACUGAAAUGAUGCAACAAAAAAUUCAAAGACCAUUGUUCAAUGCUUUUGUUGUCUUCCAUUACACAGUUUGUGUUU